CAUUCUUGUCAAUGGAGACUUUGUUUUCGCAUUGGGAUUAUUUGGUUUUGUUAAUUUUGCGACCGAUUCUUGCCGUGUCUUUCGUGUUUCUGCUCAUAUUGAUAGGGUGGUUAUUGGCAUGGAAGCUGGUGUUGGUUCAUGUGCCUUUAGUGCAAGAGAUAUUUGGGUUGCGUAAAAAACCGGCUAAAAUUAAACCGACGACUCGUAGAUUGUCCAAAUAUUAUAACUCUAUAAAUUCUAGAAAUUCUGAUUCUGGGUAAUCACUGUUGUUUCUGUUAUUGGUAUUGUAUAUUCUUUACUGUCCUGUUUUGGGAUUUUUAUGUUCAGUUAUUGCUUUUCAUAGUAUUGUUACUGUUAAUAAAUUUUAAUAUAUGUGAUUAUGUUAA